AUGGAAGAUCUGUUCAGCAUACAUCCGGGAAUACUGGGGGGAGGGGAGACGCCGGCAGUAGGGUUGGCGUCCAGCUGCCAGGGGACAAGCGAGGCGUCGGAGGUGACAGGAAGCAGCGGCGGCGGUGGGUCGGAUCUGACGGAUCUGAUCAAAGCUCAGAUCGCGAACCACCCUCGCUACCCCUCUCUUCUAUCCGCCUACAUCGAGUGUCAGAAGGUGGGGGCGCCGCCGGAGGUGGCGACGCUUUUGGAAGAGAUCGGGAGGGAGAGGUACUCCAGCAUGGGCGGUGGCGAGAUCGGAGCUGAUCCGGAGCUGGAUGAGUUCAUGGAAUCAUACUGUCAUGUAUUGGUCCGGUACAAGGAGGAGCUCCUGAAGCCCUUCGACGAGGCUGCUUCGUUCCUCAACGAUAUCGAGAUGCAGCUCACCAAACUAUGCAAAGGAUCCUCUUCUGCUGCUGCUGCCGCUGCCGCUGCCGCUGUCGCCGCUGCGGCCACCGGCAAUUCUCCUUCCGAGGAAAUGAUUGGAUCCUCUGAAGAACUAUGUUGUGGAGAUCUGGAAACAUCCGAAGGCCAGGAAUGCGGUUCACGCCUGGCCGACCAAGAAUUGAAGGAGAUGCUGCUGAAGAAGUAUAGUGGCUAUCUGAGCAAUCUGCGCAAGGAAUUCUUGAAGAAGAGGAAGAAGGGAAAGCUACCGAAGGAUGCACGUUUGAUGUUAUUAGACUGGUGGAACACUCACUACAGAUGGCCGUAUCCAACUGAAGAGGAGAAGGCAAAGCUAGCAGAGAAGACAGGCCUUGACCAGAAGCAAAUCAACAACUGGUUCAUCAACCAAAGAAAAAGACACUGGAAGCCGUCCGAUGACAUGCGAUACGCGCUGAUGGAGGGGGUGAGUGGUGGAUCCAGUGGGACCAUGUUGUACUUUGACAGGGGUGCAAUUGGUCCUUGAGCAAUUGGAUCCAGUUCACAAGCUUGUUUUGGGCCACUUGCUGCUGCUCAUGAUUCCUAUGUGAAGGAUGUUGCAUAGAAUUGCUAGCUAUGCAUUUAUCAUAGAGUGGAUAAUGGCUUAACUGGUAAAAGGCUAUAUCUGCCUUCUUUUUGGUUGUAUUGUGAUGUGUGUUCUGGUUAUCCCUGCUAAUUAAUGUACUCAUCUGUUUAUUGGCCUCAAAUAGUGUUGUUGAGGCCUGCUAAGUUUGGACUACUUGAAUGUUCAAAUCUAGAAAUUAUGAAGAGCUUGUAGACAGGGUUUCCUGUAUCACUGUAUAUA